CUCACCUCACCUCACCUCACCUCGGCCCGCCUCCCUCAUCAGGUAGCCGUAGCGAGCAGUAUAGCACGCACAGCCGCCGCCCUGCCCUGCCCUGCCCUGCUCGGCGUAGGCACAGGCACAGCCCAGAGCGAGCGAGACAGAGGGAAAGAGACAGAGCCAGCCAGGUAAAAGGCAAAAGCACAGCACAUUAAAAGAGAGGCCGGAAGCAGCGGCAGAGCGGAGAGAGAGAGAGAACUAGAAGCAUAUAUGGCGAUGCCCUUUGCCUCCCUGUCUCCGGCAGCCGACCACCGCCCCUCCUCCCUCCUCCCCUACUGCCGCGCCGCCCCUCUCUCCGCGGUGGGAGAGGACGCCGCCGCGCAGGCGCAACAGCAGCAGCAGCACGCUAUGAGCGGCAGGUGGGCAGCGAGGCCGCCGGCGCUCUUCACCGCGGCGCAGUACGAGGAGCUGGAGCACCAGGCGCUUAUAUACAAGUACCUCGUCGCCGGCGUGCCCGUCCCGCCGGACCUCCUCCUCCCCCUACGCCGAGGCUUCGUCUACCACCAACCCGCCCUUGGGUACGGGCCCUACUUCGGCAAGAAGGUGGACCCGGAGCCCGGGCGGUGCCGGCGUACGGACGGCAAGAAGUGGCGGUGCUCCAAGGAGGCCGCCCCGGACUCCAAGUACUGCGAGCGCCACAUGCACCGCGGCCGCAACCGUUCAAGAAAGCCUGUGGAAGCGCAGCUCGUGCCCCCGCCGCACGCCCAGCAGCAGCAGCAGCAGCAGGCCCCCGCGCCCACCGCUGGCUUCCAGAGCCACCCCAUGUACCCAUCCAUCCUCGCCGGCAACGGCGGCGGCGGCGGCGGGGUAGGUGGUGGUGCUGGUGGCGGUGGCACGUUCGGCCUGGGGCCCACCUCUCAGCUGCACAUGGACAGUGCCGCUGCUUACGCGACUGCUGCUGGUGGAGGGAGCAAAGAUCUCAGGUACUCUGCCUACGGGGUGAAGUCUCUGUCGGACGAGCACAGCCAGCUCUUGUCCGGCGGCGGCGGCAUGGACGCGUCAAUGGACAACUCGUGGCGCCUGUUGCCGUCCCAAACCGCCGCCACGUUCCAGGCCACAAGCUACCCUCUGUUCGGCGCGCUGAGCGGUCUGGACGAGAGCACCAUCGCCUCGCUGCCCAAGACGCAGAGGGAGCCCCUCUCCUUCUUCGGGAGCGACUUCGUGACCCCGAAGCAGGAGAACCAGACGCUGCGCCCCUUCUUCGACGAGUGGCCCAAGUCGAGGGACUCGUGGCCGGAGCUGAACGAGGACAACAGCCUCGGCUCCUCGGCCACCCAGCUCUCCAUCUCCAUCCCCAUGGCGCCCUCCGACUUCAACACCAGCUCCAGAUCGCCGAAUGGAAUACCGUCAAGAUGAACCUGAGUAACCAUGCGGACCCCAACAUCUCAGAGCUGACGACUCUUUGCUGCUGGCCUGGCCUCAUCGUACCUUGAGGCGUCAAGGAAUACUUCAUUACCACUAGUAUCAUGCUCCUGGAUUUUCGAACAAUAUAUAUAUGCUUAUGUACCGCUAUUUCUCUCAUCUUUUACACUUCUUUACCCGUUUGGAAUUGUAUGUUCUGCGUGGCACGGUUGUUCAUUUGACCUUUUUGGAUUUGAUUGAAAGCUCC